GUUUCCCUCACGCCCGGCCUUCAGCUAGCUGUUUGUUCAGCUUUGCUCGUUCAAGACCUGCAUCUCCCCUGGGGUCUAGACAGCUACUUCUUGAUCCAUUGCUCCCUGCGGCAAACGCCCUUUCGCCCUCCGCCAGCUGGAUUCCAUCCUUUCCCGCAUUGUUCUUAUCCGCAGCAGCGACACGGCUUGCUUGCCUUCCUCUCACUACUUACCUCGCUCCCUUUCCUUGUCCCCGGGCGCUCGAUCUUCUACGCUCCCCUUCCUAUCAAACUUUCCCCCCCGAUUAGAUCCCCUUCGAUCCUUCCCUCCCGCUUCCCCAUUCACUUCGUUGCCGCAUUUCGAGGUCCCCAUCGAACGGGCUAAGAAAAUGUCAUGGCAGCUGCCCCGCUAGACAGCUCUAGCACCCCGCCUGACGCUAUCUCGAGCGACUCGACGCGUCCGCUCGGCCAUCCCAUGGAAGAGUCCGAUCCCCAAUCUACCCGGAAACGCCCUCGUCUCGACAGUGGAAGUCGUGCCUGUGAGUCGUGGUCCGCUUCCAGCGAAACGGCCGCUUCUCGACUCCCCGACCAUAUCCCGGAUGCUCCUGCCACAACGGGCCAAGAAGCUUCUCCCUCCUCUCGCCCCGCCAGUCGAGUGGCCAUUAAGCUGAAGACUCCUACCCCCGACAAGAUGGCGUCUGCUUCCGAAGACUCCCCGGUCGAACAUCCCAGCGGCGAUCUCCCCGCUCCGUCCGCGGGUGAGGCCGGCGUUGACGCUUCCACCGCCAUAUCGCUGUCAUCAUCGCCUGCCCAGAGCCCGGAGAUCGAAGUAGCCGAUUUGGAAGAUAUGGAUCAGGAUCCCAAUACCUCUAAUUGGAAAUCCCUGGGUGAGGCGAUGCGGGAACCAGAAACACCGGACGUGGUACAGCUACAUGACCAACCUCUGACGGAUUCAUUCCCGAAAAUCCACUUGGGCAAUGAGUUGCGGGAGAACCUAGAGGAGAUCUGUGCGAUCAUUGAGAAAGGGUCGCAGCAUGAGAUACCGGUCUUUAUUGCCGUGAAAGGCUGGCUAGAUGACGUCGCAAAUAAUUUGGAUCAGUUAACGUAUGAAGUACUGGCGGAAGAGCGGGACUUUUGGGAGGAGCUGCCCACGGUCGUGGAUAGCUUGUUACGAAGAACCUCAGCGUUUCUACCGGAUGAAGGUCGAGGACCAUGGACUUGUCUGGAGGAGUUCUUCCUCGACUACGCUCAACUGGCGCUUCACGUUGUGGGCCUGGACACCUUCUUGUUGACUCAAGUCAUGGAAGACGCAGAUGCACAAAUGUCGGAUCCAUUGUCGAAAGCCUACCUGCCAUCAUUGGGUUGGAUCCUACAAUUAAAUAGUAUCCCGUUUUUCCGGGCCAUGGAGAAGAUGCAUGGGUCUGAAGUUUUAAAUCUGCUCGCGCGUACCAACGAUCAGGUCGCCUCUUCCCCUUUAGACAUUGUCCAGCGUUUGUCUGAACAUGCUGUCUGCAUUCUCACUCUCAUUACCCGCUGGCCUCAGCUAUCGACCUCGCUGGUCUCAAUUGUGACGAUCGUGCAUAACCUGCUAGAGUCAGGGAACGAGCGGCGGAGGUACCGCGCGGAUGAUACUCUGUCAAAUUCUUCCGUCUAUUCUCGCACCAUGAAACGUGCCUACACUUUGAUCCGCGCCGCGGAUGAUAAGUAUCAGACUCACAUAACCAAGAAGUCGCCCUGGGUGUCCAGUGAUACGAGCGAAUCGAUGCUUCGCCUCAUAGCAUUGUCUUACCUCACAUUGUGCCGCCGUGAUCCAGAACUUGCUGGGCAGAUCGCCAAGGAUCUCGCGAUACAACUCCCCGAAGGCCUUACGCCCGAUGAUCGUUCGUACAUCAUCCACUACGGCUGGAAGUUUGCCGUCCUGAAGAAACACAUCAUGGACGGACGAAUGGAGCUGCGUGUUCAUGGGAUGGAGGCAAUGCAGGCGGACCUGGUCAAUGUAUGGAGACAACACAUCCAGAGCAAUCCCGAUGGCGUUGAGCAUCCUAUAGUCCAGUACCUUGUGGGCUUCUUACGGCAAAACCGGAUUGUUGAAUACAUCGUGGGAAUUGAUUCUCACCCUCAGCUGAUCAGCAGAAGUGGGAACAUUGUCGGAUUCCUUGUUGUCACAUCUACAUAUACCGAUGCUGACACUGACACGAUAUGGAAAACAGUAACGGAGAGCCCGGACCCACGAACAGUGUCCGAAGUUUUAGCGAUGUUGGGCAAGACGUUUCAUAUGCAUCUGCCAACGUCGCCUGCAUUGCUCUACUUGUGUUCGAAGCUGCUGGAUCUGCCAUUGUCUCGCUUCGAUGCGCGCAUGGUAGACUUCUGUGAGCAGCUUCUCCACCAAGUGCGAGAGAAAUAUGGCGACAGAAGUCGUCGUGACCUACAAGAUCAGACCCAUGUUGAUGCUAUUCCGCUGCGCUUAUGCGUGCGUUUGAUUCGUGAGAGUGCUGGCGCCGACGAUUUGCCCGUUGAGCACAAGGCCCUUUUACAGAAGUGUGCAGGUGCCCAGCUGAGUUCAUUCAUGGACAUCGGUUUGAGUGAGGUGGAUAAGAUGGAGACAUAUGAGCAAUGUCUUCAAGACAUCGCUGAAAUGAACCAGUUUACUGUUGGCAGCAUCCAGGCUCUGAAUGCCCUUCUUCCUGGUACUGAUUCCCAGGAGCUUCGAAAGCUUGCCGAGGAAUACGACCUGACCCGCUUGGUGAUCACUGAGCUGGCCCAAACGGUGGACAUGGACCAGACAGACUUUACCGAUCCAUUUUCUCUAACCGGAUUCUCCGCGAGGAUCCACAUGCUGGCCCGAAUCAUCGAUAUGGUGCCUGACACGAUCACUCCCGACCUUGGUGAUCUGCUUUGGCGCAAAGUCUUCAUGGCCAAGACUCUCGCGCAGCAAGGUAGACGAGCUCUCUGGGAUAUGCUCUGCGGAACUACCCGGUAUAGCGCCCAACCGAACUCGUUCAUUGAACGAUGCAUUCAGGUCUAUCUACCCGAGCUCUCACCUUCUGAAGACUACCUUCCUGAGGUUCUUCAAUUUGCAAAGCAGACCAUUAACUACGAGGUCCGUUUCAAUCCUCCACCAAUAGCUGGCGAGAAUGAAGUCGUGGCAAUUCCAGGUAUGGAUCGAAUAUGGAGCUUUAUUUUGACCGCUCCGCCUGGUACGAUUGAGACAGAUGCGAUUGCUUUCGCCAUUGAGGUUUAUCUCGAUCAGGGCGUGAUCAACCGGUCUCCACGGUCUGCUGUUGAGGCUACUCACAUUGCUCUGGUGGAUCGUUGUGUUGACCAGCUCAAGUCUGCUGCGUUGAGGUUGAAGGAGUAUCGUGAGAAUGCCAGCACAGCUCAGGACGAAUCAACGGAGGCAGUCGCCUCCAAACUUGACGUUGUCAAGGCAGAGGAGCUGAGGUUCAGCCGUUCACUACUUUUUCUUCGUCAAUUUCUACAAGGCUUGCGGAGUCGUCCUCAGUAUAGCCCGCCGCAAAACCUGCCUCUCGACUUACCUGGCAAGCCUGUCCAAGGGGAGGUAAUAGAUAUCCGCUACCAAACUUUCAAUGGUGGUACCCAGUCAAAAGUUCGCUCAUUGCCUAUUGGUGAUCUGUCAACCGCUGCGGAGCUCGUGGAAACACUCGUGCGUGUUACCGGCUUCACUAAAUUCAGUACGAUAUCUGGUGGCCAAAGGACUGACCUUCUUGAGAAGCCUGACAUGACCAUCCGGGACUUGAAGCUCGGCUCGGGGUUACUUCUUAUUCGUCGAGACCCAGACAGUCGCGAACUAGCGCUGACUGGUAGGCGUCAGUCGCUGACAUUAGUCGAUUCUGAAGUGCUCAAACACUUUGACGAUCUCUAUGAUCUUCUCGUACUCGAGGACCACUUAGCACGAGAGAUAUAUGACUUCCUUGUCGUUUUCCCGCCGCAGGACAGGGUUCUGCAGUUGGUGAAAUCCGCCGACAAGACUGAGGACGACAUGUUUCCAAUGAACAAGCCGUAUAGCCUUCUUUACUCGGUCAAUGCACUUUCAGUGACCCUGCGGGAAGAAUCCCUCGAGGCGUCCCCAAAUCCAGAAUAUGUGUCUCAUAGCGUCCGUGUCCUGGUUUCUGCGUUGACGCGCCCCGCAAUGUCGGAUUCUUUGAAAGAUAGCCCCGCCAAGCUUCUGUUCGCAUCUCAUAUGGUCGAGUGCCUCCUCUACGCUCUUCUGGUACGACCAGCUCUCCCAGAUGAAGCCUCUGCGGUUCCAAAUCCAGCGGCAUUAGCCCAGCAGCUCCUCCACUUCAUGGAAGUGGCGCGACGUCUACCUGUCUCCUAUCUUCCCGAAACUGGCAUCGCUAAAUUGAUCUGUAACUCAUUUGCUGUCCUGUCCGAGGGCUCAGUGAGGGACCUUUGUUUCUGGGAAGCUGUCAAGCGACAGGUACAAUUCGAUGAACUCCUUCGUUCACUUCUUCUGGAGGAAAAUCGUCAGCCCAUUCGUAAAGGGAUCGCGGAAAACAUUGCUGUCACUUGCAGUCCCUCCAAACUACUGAGAAAACCGAAGGCUGUUGGGUCGGACCCACAGGAGACAGGAGGCGCAUCAGCGUCUGAUAAUCCGAUCCGGAUCGAGAUCCUUGCAACGAUCUGGGAUGCUUUUGUCAAGGCUUUUCCGGUGACAGUAGACCAUGCGCGUCAGUGCCAGGAAUUUUUUGAAAUUGCUAAUCUGGUUUUUCGCUCGGUUGCGGAGAGGUCACCACAUGAUCUUGCAUUCAGUGAAUACCUGAAGCAGUGGAGCGCUACCAUGCUGCGUCAUCGGACAGAAGAGUUCGUUGGCCGCGAGCCCGUGGACCAUCUCAUCUUGGGGUUUUCUCGCCUUCUUAGAUUGUGCCUGGAUCUGGCAAGUUCUAACGACACCACGGUCGAUACCUCCGACCUCGCCGAGAGCUUAUUCGACCAAUACCUCUUCCCCGAUCUCUCCCUGUCCUCGGCUGAUGUCAUCGUACCCCAAAUCCCUGUCAUGCACGGGCAAACCCGCCAGGAGCUGUACAGUAUCUUGUGCCAGCUCUGCAAGGUCGACGAGGACUACUCAAAAAUCGUGGAGCGUCUCGAAGAGAUCAUUCCCCUAGAGGACUACACUUAUUCUCCCUCUUGGGGGUUCGACCGUUACAAAAUGAUCCGGUCGCCGGAAGGAUAUGCCGGGCUGAAGAAUCUUUCCAACACCUGCUAUUUGAAUUCUCUUCUUACCCAGCUUUUCAUGAACGUUGGGUUUCGUGACUUCAUGCUGCAACUUCAUCUCGAAGAUCCGGAGGGCUCCCAGAAGCUGCUCUUUGAGACGAAGAAGUUGUUUGGGUACAUGCAGGAAACGUGGACCAAAAGCGUCGACUCCCAGGCAUUCGUUGACACGAUACGCACGUAUGAUAACGAACCCAUCGAUGUUACCAUCCAGAUGGAUGUCGACGAGUUCUACAACCUUCUCUUCGAUAGAUGGGAGGCCCUGAUCUCUGAUCCAGAGUGCAAGAAGAAGUUUCGGUCGUUCUACGGCGGUCAGUUGGUCCAACAAAUCAAGUCAAAAGAAUGCCCCCAUAUCUCCGAGCGUCUUGAACCUUUCUCCGCCAUUCAGUGCGAAAUCAAGGAUAAAGCGAGUCUUGAAGAGAGCCUGCAAGCAUAUGUCGAAGGAGAGAUCAUGCAAGGCGACAACAAAUACUCUUGCACAUCAUGCGGGCGCCAUGUCGAUGCUGUUAAACGAGCGUGCUUGAAAGAUGUGCCUGACAAUCUCAUCUUUCAUCUGAAGCGCUUUGACUUUGACAUGGUGACCAUGUUGCGAAGCAAGAUAAAUGACGAGUUUCAGUUCCCGGAGUUCAUUGACAUGAGCCCUUUUAAGGUGGAAUAUCUUUCUGACCAGGCUGCUGACGUCCAGGAAGAUAUCUUCGAGCUGGUCGGUGUCUUAGUCCACAGUGGUACGGCUGAAUCCGGCCACUACUAUUCGUACAUCCGCGAAAGACCUACCACUGGUGCCAGAGGCUCAUGGGUCGAAUUCAAUGACUCCGAUGUUAGCCGAUUUGACCAAGGAAAACUCGCAGACCAAUGUUUCGGUGGCUACAACGACUCCCUACAGUCCUCUGCCAUGGGCCAAGUCCGGUUCAACAAGGUCUGGAACGCCUAUAUGCUAUUUUAUCAACGUGCUUCCAGCAUGGAGGCGGCGAAGUCGGUUUACAACCCUACAAGACCUCACCACCCUGUACGCGUGCCCUUGCCUGUGGCUCUUGCGAACCACAUCGUGAUGGAGAACGAGAUAUUUAUACGGACUUACUGUCUGAUGGAUCCAUAUCACGCCCUUUUCGUUCGAUAUCUUCUUUCCAUGCUUCAUGGGACGAAGGAAUCCAGGAGUGAUAAACGGACCAAGCUGGAUAAGUCCAUGAUUUUUGUUGCCUUGGAUACACUCGAGCAGUUGCUUUCGAGGGCCAGGGAACCAUUGGGUCUGGAAACAUUUGUGGCUGAAAUCGUGGGAAUCAUUACCGACGUACCGAAGGCCGCUUACAGAGUCCUGCAGUGGUUCGAACGUAAGCCGGCAGCGAUCCGCAACUUGAUCCUAAGGAGUCCCCACGCCGCUGUCCGCAACAGUUCGAUGAGGAUCAUCAUGUGUGCCCUUUCAAAACUGCAAGAUCUCCACCAGAAAGCGGACGAUGGCAGUGCCGAAAAGGAGAAAUGGCAAAUGCGCUACCUGCACGGCUUCGAGAAUGUUGUGGGCACACUGGAUGGCCUGUGGUCGACCCUCUAUACCGCCAGUCGCUCAUGGGAUGACUAUUUCGAGUUCUUGUUAUUACUUACAGGCUUCGGGCAAUACGAGGCCGGUAUAGUGCUCAACAACGGGUUCCUUCUCAAGUGCCUUGAAAUCGUGUGGCUUGAGCAUGAAGAUUCGAAGCGGUUGCGGCGUCAGUACGCGGUCUUCAUCAAAUUGAUGGAGAAAGGACGGAGAUUUUCAUACAAGAAGCUGAUGGAUGUCUUGGCAUUGCUGUUGACGCAUACUGACCUUACUGUACCGCCCAGUUCAGAUGACAAACGACGCGCUUUGCCAGAUGGCAGGUACACUCUCACUUCGACAGAAACGUUCCUCAUCCGGCCACUGGGGAAGAACAAGGAGCUCUUGUUCCUCAAGAUGAUUCUUACCAGUAACAAUAGCCCGGCGGCGUGCAGAGCUAUCGUCAGUAACUUUGUGGAUGCAGAGCCCGACGCUAGCCUCAUGGAUCCGAUCUGUAAAGCUCUAGAAGAAGGUCUUAGAGUGGCACCUGCCAAUCUCUGUGCCCCAUUUCUGGAAGCGACACUGAUAUUCUGUCGCCGAGGUCCUGACGAGGCUAGAAUCACCAGCUUACUCGACUUCGUUGCUAAAGGGGUCGAAACCAUCAACAACAGCGGUGGUCGGGAGCAUCUCUCGUUCUUCACGAGCAUUAUGGGCAGUCGCAAUGACAGGCUUGGGCUCAACGAAGCUUGGUUUUUGACCCAUCUCAUCGACACUGUGCCAGAGUGGGCUCCCACUCUGCUAAUCUACCCAGAGAGAGCGGUCCGAAACAUGACUCUGGAGGUACUUCGACAGAUUCUGUUCACCGGCGAAGCGGAAGAAAUGGGCGAUGAUUGGCAGACGCACCAAACUGAAGUUGCCAAAAAGUUGGUCCUUAUGAGCGUUGACAGGUUGCGGAAAACAUACGUCAACGUCCCAGGAUGUAAUGUCGAACCAAGAGCCGUGGAGUCCAUCCGCACCGUCGUUGAGCAUUGCCUAAGCACGUAUUUUGGAGACAGUGAGGAAGACCAGGAGGCUAUUAUGCAAGCUCAAGAAACCAUCGCAGCCGUGGAAGACUUGGUCGUUGACGUGCCAGAAGAGUUGGCGUCUGAAGACUGGGAGGACAACUCCGUUAUGGCCAGUGAUUCCGAAAUGGGACUGGCAGGUUCUCCGUAGCCCUACGUCCGGCACUGCGCUGAGGUGUUUCACUUGUAUCACAUAUGAGAGACGAAUUUACGAUAAAACGCUUUUUGUGUGCUUAUGGCCUGCAUUUCUCGGCGUUUCCUUAACUCAGCCGGUUCUAACAGAAUUGGGCCUUUGCUUCCGUUCCGGCUACUGUUGCUUUGCGUGUCGAUUUGCUUUUCUCGCGAUGCCGUUUUGUUUCCAUACCAUGUGUUAAUGCAACGGGAAUUGUGUCGUCGUGGCUUUACAGGGAAGGUCUGUUGUGCGUUUUCUGGGGGGGUGCUGGUUUCUGCAACAUUGCCGUCACAUUUUCAUACACCCGAGGGAGUUUUAUUAUUGCCAAAGAUAGGCCUGCGGGCAGUUGAUUAGACACGCCAUGCUUCGGGAUGUGAUCUUGCACACGUGUUGGCUCCAAAUCUGAUGAAACUUGAGGACUUGUUAUCCCACAUC